AAGUCCUUAAAAAUUUGUAGGAUUAAAUUUUGCCCAAAAUAGAAUAAUUAUUUAGCGUCAAAAAAAUUUUUUUUUCCUUGACAUUAUGGCUCGUCCUACAGAGGAACGCAAUCAAGACGCUACGGUUUAUAUUGGUAACCUUGAUGAACGUUGUACUGAAGCUCUGAUUUGGGAGUUAAUGCUUCAGGCAGGGCCCGUUGUCAAUGUUCACUUACCAAAAGAUCGCGUAACUCAAACACAUCAAGGUUAUGGGUUUUGUGAAUAUAUGAGUGAAGAUGACGCAGAUUAUGCUAUUAAAAUAAUGAAUCAAAUCAAACUGUAUGGGAAGCCUAUUCGUGUCAAUAAAGCAACUUCGGACAAAAAGAAUUUGGACGUAGGCGCUUCAUUAUUUAUAGGAAAUUUGGAUCCUGAUGUUGAUGAAAAAAUGUUGUACGAUACGUUCAGCGCUUUUGGUGUUAUCGUACAGACUCCCAAGAUUGCAAGAGAUCCCGAUACUGGUAAUAGUAAAGGGUAUGGGUUUAUUUCAUAUGACAAUUUCGAUUCUUCAGAUGCGGCAAUUGAUGCAAUGAACGGGCAAUAUCUGAUGAACAAACCAAUUACUGUAUCAUACGCGUUCAAAAAGGAUGGUAAAGGCGAAAGACAUGGAAGUGCUGCAGAACGGUUAUUGGCAGCCCAAGCGAAGAAAAAUCAAAGUCUGCCGAACCGUUUGUUUGCAGAUGUUCGUCCACCUACUGUUCCACCUCCAAUGAUAGGAGUUCGCGCACAGAUACCAGCUUCGCCACAACAAAUAAAUACUGGAAUGUCUCGUCCUGGCAUACCACCUUCAAUCGUUUCUCCAACAAACGUGCUCCACUCCAUCCGGACAAGCUCCAAAUUCACAAGGGUAUAAUGUUUAUCAAGAAAACGGGU